GGACAUCGUUACUUACUGUUGUCACAUGUUGCAUUUGAAUGGAUGGAUAGACAGAAAAUGGAAGAGGGGUUGAGGAGGGAUGGAGAAGAGAUAUUGAUAGGGAGAGGAUUUGAGAAGAAACUGAAAAUGUUUAUCAAUAGGAAGUUGAAAAGAUGA